CGUUUGUUUGUAAAGUUUUGCAUCUCGGAACUGAGGAGGUUAUUUAAUGAAAUGGUUGUGUCCGCUCACAGCUCAAAUUCUCUCUCAAAGUCUCUCUGUGGGACCAUCACAGAGCUAGAACAACUGUGAUUAAAAUCACAUUAAAGCUAUCGAUUCAAAUCAAAGCGGCGAAUGGAAUUGUUUUUAUUACCUUUAUUAUAAAUUUUCAGAGGAACACUGUUUUCAGCUUUUAUUAACACGGUAAGUUAGAGUUGAAUUUUGGAAGGUAUUUUAAAUUAAAUUAUAACCAUUUUCUUUAUUUGGAAAAUGACAAGUUUUGACAAAUUAGACUAAUAUCAACGUAGCUAAUAGUUGUUAGCUGUUAUUGUUACUAAUAUUAUUUUCAUAAUUAUCAUGAUUAUUGUUACUGUAACUGCUAAGCCGGUCAUGGUCAUUGACUUUGGUUUUCAUUCCUCUCAGGAUCAUCUAAUGAGGUGCUCGCAGAGAGAGAGAGAAAGAGAGAGGCUUGGCCACGGAGGGAGGCGCCUCUCCGUCUUUUAUCGCCUUUGAAGAGUUUGUUCUCUCGCUUUUAGAAGAAGACAUACCCGUGAGAAAGUCAGUUGCUCGAGAAUUAUGUUGCUUUAAAGAAGCGCGUGUGGAUUUUACCCGAGAAGAUACGCUCAGCUGCCUACUAGAAGAGCGAGGCUGUAAGGAUUUGGCACGCUCAAGUAAUCCAUCAGGGAACGCACGGUGGGAGUUUGGUGGUGGCCGAGGAGUCAGAUCAGAGCAAUGCCUGCCAUGCCAUCAGUCACCGAUACACCUUGUCACAGGAAACGCUGGCAGGUGCUUGUAUGGGUUGGCAUGUCUCUGCUGCCCCUAGUGGCAGGAGGCAGGUCACGUUUUCAAGCAGAAUCUGAAGCUGCGGUAGGAUUUGCUGGGUUGGAGGAGCUGCCAUUAGAGGCUUUUCCAGACGCUGAGGAAGAGCUUGAGGAGGGCAGUGACUCCCCAUGGCACAGUUUGUUUGAUCCAUCUGUGCUCGUCGAGGAUGACCAACAGCCAGCAAUAUGGGAACGUUCCCCUCGCUCACCGGACACUUCUGACAUACAGACCAAAGGUGCACGCAAGAAAAAGAAGAAAAAAGAGAAGGAGGAAAAGAAAAAGAAAGAGAAGAGCAGCAGGGCUCAGCAUAGCAGCCGGGACUGUCGUGUAGAGAAACGUGAGAUGCGUGUACGGGACCUGGGCAUGGGCUUCGACUCAGACGAGAUUGUCCUUUUCAAGUUCUGCAUCGGCUCCUGCCAGAGGUCUCGUGGGAACUAUGACUUGGCACUGCGCGCUCUGCUGGCCAACGGUAGUCUGCCCAAGCGCACCGCCAGGAAGGUUAGCGCACACCCCUGCUGCCGGCCCACGGGCUAUGAACCCGUCUCCUUCAUGGAUGCUACCACAACCUGGAGAACCAUCAAGUCCCUCUCUGCAGCAGACUGUGAGUGCGUGGGAUGAGGCAAGCUGAAUGAGGGGAGGGGGAGCGUGACCUGCAGAAACGGUGCAAAGAGAGGAAAGGAGGAAUCAGGAAGCCUCCAGGGCCAUGGCUACAGAACGAGGUCAGGCGAGUUGGCCAUGGUGAAGCGCUGUGAGGGAAUUUGAUUUGGCUGUGAGUGAUUCACAACAACAGCCUAUGUAUACAAAGUUUCAUCACACCAAACCUCGACAGAAAAGCUUGAAUGACGUUAGAUUACGAUUCGACCAAGUCCAAGACCAAGAGAUGACGAGAGACUCUUUGGGCUCAAUAUGGAGAGAGUUUGAGGAUGGAAGAACAGCAACUUCAGUUUGUCCAUCUGAAUGGCUCUAUAAACAAAAACUACAUGUUAUAACUCGACGAGCAUUUGCUUACCAGGAGUUUCAUCAGACUUGGAUACAGCACAAAACCCUGUUUCAUUUGUCAGACUCAUUUGUUGAUCCUGGAUGUCAGUGCCCAUUUUCCUGGCCUUCAGUCUGGCAUGUAAUAUUUCAGCCAGAUUAGCAACAUUUGGAUCGUUCAUUAUUAACAGCACAUUAUUGUGGUAAUUACAAUGUAAUUGCACAAACAUAUGUGGAGUAUUAUUAAAAGUUUAGUCCGACAGAAAACACGCAGGCCAGUUAGUAUUACCCUUUCAUCUGGAAGUGCUGAAGGUUUAUUGUAUUUGCAGUAGGUUUUUCAUUUCUCAGGAUUUUUACAUGAAUGAUAUGAACUAUUUUUCUAGCUUACAUUUUUAAUCAUUUUAAUACCACAAAUAAAGUAAGAGGUAUUAAAGGGUUCAUGUUCCACAAGGCCAGUUUUUUAUAUAAUAAGUUGAUGAAAGAUAAAGUCAAUAAAAUAUAUAAAGAUGAAUAUUUGAUUGCUUAACCAUAGGGACUGUGUAGCCCAGUAGUACAAUGCAAUAGUUUUUUCCUAUUUAUUUUAUGCUUGUACAUCAAAUAUUAAUGUACAAAUUACAUAUUAUAUUAAAAAAAAAUAUCAUUAACAUAUGUAUCAUAAACAUUUAUGAUAAAAUAUUAUCAUAAACAUAGGUAAACAUGAUGUAGGCCUAAACUGUCAAACUAUGCGAAAUGAUACUUGGAUUUAGCUACAUACCAAACUAAAGGCCAGUUCUUAAUUCAUCUUGCUUGAUAUUUUAGCAUUUAUAUAUUGAUUUAGUUGCACCAUAGUUAUUUGGCCUGACAGGGUUUUCCCCAUUCUAGUUAUCAACAACAAGAAAUUAGCAUAAUGUGAUGUCUACCAGACUGUGCUUUAGCAGGGUCAUUAGCGUUCUAUUUUCUCAACACAGAUGACCACAAUGCAUUUGCCAUUGUUUAUUUUACUGUUACCAAAUGGAUGCCAUGCAUCCCUUAACAUUUACUGUACACUUAACAGAUAUCAUAUUUAUUUUUUUCAUUUAAGUUAUUUAUUUAUUACCAUGUCUACACAUGUGUCUUGUGGAUGUUUAUAUUUAUUGUUUAAACCUUGGCCUGUGUUCUUCAAUCCCUGUCAUCUCACGAUGAACCGGCGUGGAUAACAACAAGGCUUUGACGAAGGUCAGCUGCAAAAUAUGACAGUUGCAGAAAAACUCAGCUAUUUAACCCAAAAGUUUUCACAGAGUAAGAAGGACUUGUAGAUAACUUUGUCAUGAUCUGACAAGGGAUUUCAUUGGGUGCUUUUCUGAGUCCUCAAAGAGUUAUAAAACUCUCCGAGCACUUACUGGGAAGUCUCAGAUUCAGUUUAUGAAAAGGAAAUUAAAAUAAUUUUCUUCCAAAAUACUAAGGAUGAGGGGGAGUUUGAUUGUUUUCUGGCUAGCCCCAUCUGUCUGGCCAAUCUGCGGACCUUAAAAGAGUCCUGAUGUUUCAAUAAUAAAAGCUGCUCCGAAAUGACAUCUAAAAAAUAUUGUUUUAAAAAGCUGACAACAAUAAAUUGCUUUGCUUCAGUAUUUUACAUGUUUUAUUUAUCAAUUAUAAUUGUUGUUGGCAAAGUUACUCUUUAUUUUUGUACUUCACAUUUUCUGUAUAGGAAUAAAGCUGUUUAUACAUAAUGUGAA